AGAGAGAGAUUCUGUUCUUCUUAUGCAUAUGACAAGAUCAAUCUAAUUGUAAGAAACUGGUUCGUGUAUCUUGCAUUUAUGGUAAUGGUCCAGAUGGGUCACAGCCAUAAAAAAAGACACAGAGAUCUCUCCAAACUUUGUAGGUGACGCCAAAUCAUGUGUGUCUUAAUCCUCCUGGGUGGGGUUUAGCUGUUACAUCUACUCUCUGUCCGGUUUUUGUUCGGGUUUUGAUCAGCCAUGUCUGUGCUCAUAUUCUUCGUCUCGAUCAUGGCUUUGCCCAGAUUCUCCUUCUCGACAUGUCCAUACGCCUUUGUUCAUCACGCCAACCACGAGUUUCUGCAGAAAACGGACAGAUUCUGGGAGUUUCAGGAGGAAACCAACAGAUGGGUCGAAGCCGAACUACCCUACGAUCUUGUCUCUUGCGUGAACGGUAACUGCACUAAAGUGGGUUCGAUCCGGAAAACGAUAAAGGCUCAAGAAGAUGAAGAGAAGCACGUGCGGAAAAGGAAGAACAAGGGUAGUGAUCAAGAGAGUUAUGCGAAAAAGUCAGAGAAUUCAGACACCAUUCUGCGUCAGAGGAGAAGAAUCUCGUUGACGAAGAUGUCCGCAACGUCGUUGUGGAUCACCGGCGAGAGCGGAUCGAUCUACGAGAGGUUUUGGAACGGAGUUCAGUGGGUGAUUGCCCCUCAUGAUCUUGCGGAAUCAGCCGGGACUGCAAUCUCUGUGUACAUAGUCAACCAAACCAUUCUUGCCUUGUCUGAAGCAGGAACUCUGUAUCAGAUGCAAUUCGCAGAGGAGAACUCACAGCCAAAUUGGGUAGAGUUCAUGCCUCAAGAAACAGAACAGAGUGUAGCUUCCAAGAUUAAGUCCGGUGUCAUUUCCCGUGACGCCAGGAAAGCUUAUUUCUGCACGAAAGACGGGAUGUUGCUGGAACUUAUCGACGCCGAAACUCCGAGAUGGAUGAACCAUGGCCGGCCACCGGGAGCAGAUGUUGCAGCAAUUGCAGAUGUUGCAAACAUCAAAGACAUGAUAUUUACCGUUAGUUCUACAGGAGUUCUGUAUCAAUAUUGCAGAAACUCAAAACCGCCAUGGAAGAAGCACCUUCGGAAACAAGAUAAAGCCGACGAUACUUCUCUAGCUCCGCUGCUCGGAUGCGCCAUCCAUGGAAUCGUUGGAGAUCACUCCGUAUCGUUAUUCCUUCUAACAAAGGGAGGUGAUUUGGUAGAGAGGAGACUGCACCAGAGAAAAUGGAAAUGGAUAAUUCACGGCCGGCCCCCGGGAAAUAAUCGAUUCACAUCGAUCGCUCGGGUUCUGCAAGAUGAACAGAACGAGGUAUUAUCCUCAGGCUUGUUUCUCUCAACAUCUUCUGGAUUGGUUUUCGAGUAUCAGAUGCUGAAGCAUGAAGGAUCGCCGCGAAGGAACGAAGUCACGGAUGCGUGGAUCAAUCAUAUGCAUCCAGAGAAUGCAAAAGUUGCAAGAGGUAUUGCAGGGUUACCAUUACAAGCCGGCAGGAUAGUUUUCCCGCUGGAUGAUGGACGGCUCGGGGAACUUCACCUGUCGGGACAAGGCGGUGAACAUCUCGGGCCGAAUGAUCCGUCAAACACCAAGAGAAAACCGUCGGCAAAGUAUGUUUGGACAACCUUAGACGCCCCGGAAAGCGAAGGCUGGAACGCAGAAUACUGCGUAGAAGAGCGCGGAUCAUCAAACUGCAUGAUCGGUAUAAAGGACGAAUCGACAAGAACUGCUGUUUCGAGAAGGAGAAAAGGCUCACAAGUACAAGAAUAUUACCUACCUCGAGCCGCCUCGGAUGUCGGGAAACAGACGAAAACUUCCGAAACGUCCGCUCCCCCGGGGAAAACCGCUAACUCACAAUACCGGUUGAGGAUGACACAUCAAGGAAGGUCGUUUUUCCUGGUAACCGACAACGGUCUGACGUUCGAAUACAUCAAUGCCGAAAACGUCUGGUUCUGGAUGAAGCACGAGCACUCCACGCCGAUGAAAGGCGUGCUCGGAAACUAUAACGGAAGUUUAUUUCUUGUCGACGCUCAUGGGAGCCUGCUUAUAAGGGAGAGAUGCGGCCAGGAGCUCGUGUGGGUAAACUGUACCUCCUUCAGAAAGGGUAAGCAAGUUACCGGAGGGCCGCCUUGGGAUGUAAUGCCCGGAAAAGGUGCGAAACUCACGGCCGAAGACGCGCUCUUCUUCGUUGGCAAAAGCGGAAAACUCCUGCAGCUUACGGUCGGGUCGAGGAGAUUCAAGUGGAAAGACUGUAAACAUCCCCGGGAUACGAAAAUCGCGGCGAUCGCGGAUCAGGAGCUCUUCCGGAAGAACAUCGUGUUUGCGAUAGGAAGCAACGGGCGGUUAUAUCAGUACAACAAGGUGACUGAGCUGUGGCAUGAGCAUUACCAAUCUAAGCACUUGGUUCUAUCGCACCAGCCCGGAAUCGCCACGAGGCCGACGCCACAGUCGUUGAAAGGGUCGCUUUUCAUGGUCUCGGAAGAAGGAGGGCUCGUCGAAUACAACUGGAACGACGGGUGGGACUGGAUAGAACAUGGAAAGCCGUCCAAAAGCGUGACGAUCGUUAGCCCUCCCGGCCCGUGGUUCGAAGGGGACCAGUUGCUUUUGAUAGGAUCCGACGGGAACGUGUACCUGCGGUAUAUGGACGAGACGACGUGGAGAUGGAAGAGGUGUCGUUUCCCAAACUCGAACAGCGGAAAUCACGAGCGAGCCCGGGGAAGAUAUGGAGAAGAGAUCUGUGUAGACAUCAGUUUCAGGGAAAGCUCACUGAAAAAUGCAGAAGAUCAGAGCAAUGCCAACAAGAACUGUGACACAAAGGUUUCACCUACUAGACCGAUCCUGCUUACCGAAAAUUCUGCCAUCUUCGAGCUACAAGACGGAAGGUUAGCAGAAAUGAAGAGAAUGGAGAACAAAAUAUGGGUAUGGUCACGUAUCAUCAGCACACCGACAAGCUUAUGUGACGACACUUACUGGAUAGCAUUUGCAUCAGAAAACUAAGGUAGAUUCGAAACAAAACAGUUCCAAGGUAACAAGUUAUGGCUGUUUUCUUGUCAUAUACAUGUACAUAAACGUGGGAAAUAACCUAAGUAGAGGAAGAAGUAGAUGAUACAGGUGUAUAUACAGUCUUAGAUUUUUCUUCUCUGAUCAGCAUGAACGAACGAUGUAAAGAACAGUGUAACAUAUGGCAGCAAACUCCAGUAGAUGUAAUGAAUAAGGAUCUAUAUGGUUAACAGUUUUUAUACAAUUUUAA